CUCCUCUUCCACCUCCUCCGGCUGAGGCGGGCGAGGACUCGUCCGGGGACAUAAAUAAAUAAAUAAUUCCAUUCACCCGGUGACAGCGAGGCGAACCGGCGGCGGCCGGCGGGGGACGGAUCGCUGCAGCGCCCACCCUGUGCCGGAGACCAGGAGUCACUCUUAAGAUGUGAUGCUUUCCUGUGAAACCUUAGACACAGGAAUCUUGGAAACCAAAGGACUCUAGGACUCUGUGCCAAUAGAGCUGUUUUAUAAUCCAGAGUCUGCUCUACCUCUCUUCGUUUGUAUUGCCUUCAAAUAUCACACUUCAAGCAAUAGUGACAAGGUUUAACAAUAUCACACAUAAUCCAAAGAAAUCUGUUCAAGAGAGCAUCUGUCAACAGGUUACUUGAAUUCCAAAUAGAGUGGAAAUGCCACCCCCAGCAGGCUCCCCACCGCCACAUCCACCUCCUGAUGGAGGAUGGGGCUGGGUAGUGGUUGGAGCAGCUUUUAUCUCCAUUGGAUUUUCAUAUGCAUUUCCCAAAGCUGUCACAGUUUUCUUCAAAGAAAUUCAGCUAAUAUUCAACACUACCUACAGUGAAAUAGCAUGGAUAUCAUCCACUAUGCUAGCUGUUAUGUACGCAGGAGGUCCCAUAAGUAGUGUUUUGGUGAAUAAAUACGGUAGCCGGCCAGUGGUGAUGGUAGGAGGUUUGUUAUGCUGUUUGGGAAUGGUCACAGCCUCUUUUAGUACCAGCGUAAUAGAGCUUUACAUCACCAUGGGAUUCAUUUGUGGUUUAGGUCUAGCCUUCAACCUGCAACCCGCCUUAACAAUCCUUGGCAAGUACUUCUAUAAGAAACGGCCUAUGGCGAGUGGCCUCGCAAUGGCAGGAAGUCCUGUUUUCCUAAGUACACUGGCCCCUUUCAAUCAGUACCUCUUUAAUACUUAUGGCUGGAAAGGAAGCUUCUUGAUUUUGGGAGGUUUACUGUUGAACUCCUGUGUGGCUGGGUCCCUUAUGAGACCUGUUGGACCCAAACUAACUACUAAGAAGUCUAAACAAAAGGCUGGUGAAAAAGUGACUGAUCCAGGCAUGAAGAAAAGACAUAGGAAGAAAUCAAUAUGUGCAAAAAUUGAUAAGUAUUUAGAUUUCUCUCUUUUUAAGCACAGGGGAUUUCUGAUAUACUUAUCUGGAAAUGUCAUUAUGUUUCUGGGGUUCUUUGCCCCCAUUAUAUUCUUGGCUCCAUAUGCUAAAGACAAAGGAAUUGAUGAAUAUUCUGCAGCUUUCUUGCUGUCUGUUAUGGCUUUUGUUGAUAUGUUCGCCAGACCUACUGUAGGAUUCAUUGCAAACUCCAAAUUAAUCCGACCCCGAAUCCAGUACUUCUUCAGUUUUGCGAUUUUGUUCAAUGGAGUGUGUCAUCUCCUGUGCCCGUUGGCUGAGGACUACACAAGCCUGGUGGUGUAUGCUGUAUUUUUUGGCCUUGGAUUUGGGAGCGUUAGCAGUAUCCUCUUUGAAAGUCUCAUGGACCUUGUUGGCGCUCAAAGAUUUUCCAGUGCUGUGGGUCUCGUCACAAUUGUGGAGUGUUGCCCCGUCCUUCUUGGUCCUCCUCUUGCUGGUAAACUGGUGGAUGAAACUGGACAAUAUAAAUACAUGUAUGUGGCCUGUGGAGCUAUUGUAGUCCUAGCCAGCGUGUGGCUGCUCAUUGGCAAUGCUAUCAACUAUAGACUGCUCGCAAAGGAAAAGCUGAAAGAGACAACGAAGAAAACACAUACACCUGAGUCCCAAGAAUCUGAAUCCUUGAAGCCAUCUAAAAGUCCUGAUGUUAGUGUCAAAAGUCAAACGGCAAAAGGAUCAGGGGUUAAUCCCUCAGAAAGAGAAACUAAUAUCUAACAAGAAUCACAUCUCUCAUUUCAGUGUUUAUGACUUUCUUACGAGUAUUUUUUUUCCAACAUAUUAGAAGGUUUUUAGUUGAAAUGAGGAGUCAUAAGUAAGUAUGGAAAAGAGAUUUUCCUUAAUGGCAAAAUUUUAAAAAGUUUGUUUUGUAAAAUUUAUUUGGGCAGUUAAAAUUUGAGAUUAUGCAUAUAAAGAAUUCAUGCAAUGGGCUUAUGUCCAUACAUGACUCUGGCUGCGGUGGUUAAAAUGAUUUUAAAGUCUUCCAGUGACUUCCAUCUUGGUUAUAGAGAUCUGAAUCCCAAACCACUGGAUUAAGUAGUUAGAAGGAGUAUGUUUAAUCCUGUUAAGACUAUCCUCUCCACAUUUCAUUUUUUAUUUGAUAUUAAAGGGUGAAAUGGAAUUGAAGGAAAUGAAUUUUACCCGAACAUACACACACUGACACUCACACACUACUUUACAGUGUGGAUUUUAAAGAUAAGAACAUGGGUGAAAAUGAGGGUGGCCUUAAUUUGAAAAUACAACUAACUGCUGCAAAAAAAAAGCAUAUGCAUAUAUGAAAUAAAUUUGAAAAAACUCCAUUUUAAACUAUUAUUUCUGAGCAUUGUCUGAUUUGAUUCAU